CAAGUUACAUAAGCUCAUUGUCAGUUGACUAGGCAGGUCUGAAAAGCUCCAGCAAAAUCGAAACUUUGAGAAAACAAGAAGAGGGAAGCCAUGGAGAUGCAAGAGAUCCCCAAAGAGACAGAAAAAGGCAAAGAAGGGGAUGAAGGACCGAGCGAACCGAUGCUGGAGGUGAAAGAAGAGGAAGCAGAACAAGACCACUACGCCAAACUGCAAAUUGCAUCUGAGGAUAUCUAUUCAGAAGCUUUGUCUGCUGCUGGUGAAAGAAAACCAAUACUAGGCAAAGAACCGACUGGAGGAAAUGUGCGUCUGUACCGUGCAGUGUGCCUUUUCCUCACCUUAUUGUGCAUCGUCCUUCUGGUGGUUGUCAUUAUCCUCAGCCUGAAACUGCAAACUGGACCCGCAGUCUGCCCGGUGAUAGAGGAAAGUGCAACAGCUAAAGAAGCAGUACCUGCGUUUGAUCCAGGAUGCUCCUUCGACACCUGCCAGGCCCGCUUCCCAGCUAUUCACAUUAAACAUCAUGGCUGCCGGCUGUGUGGUGACGGGUGGAUGACCUUUGGCCGAUCUUGCUUUUUCCUGUCGACUUUUAGACUGAAGUGGCACCAGAGCCAGCAGAACUGCACCUCCAGAGGGGGAUCUCUGGCUGUUAUUACAAGCAAAGACGUUCAGGAUUUUCUGACACAGAGAGGGAAUCUCCAAUACUGGAUGGGCACCAUUCAAAAAGGCACUGAAUGGACCUGGGUUGACGGCACAAAGCUGCAAGAGAGCUAUUGGGCAGAAGAUCCAAGAACUGGGGAUUGUGGGAUCCUCGACAGCACAGGACCAUCCACCAGAAACUGGAUUAAAGCUUCCUGCAACGUCGCCACUUACUUCAUCUGUCAGCUGCCGCUCUUGUAAAAGAACCGCGAGCAAAUCUGUUCGGCCAGCAAGCAUCAAAUUCAACAAUAACAUGUCAAGACAUCUCUUUCCAGUAUCAAGCAAAGAAAUAUAAACAAGCUUUUUAGGUAACAGUUGCUAAGUCUGACACUUAGCAGUUUAAUUACUGUAGAUUUUCUUGCAGCAUUGUGUGGAAUAAUUUCUGCUCUUAUAUUUGGAUGUAAAGCUUUGUAAGUGCCUUGCUCCUUUGUAUUGUAGGAUUUUAUUAUCUGCUGCCUGCUUUACAAAUGAAGAGACAGUGAAACUGUUUCAAGAAAGUUUUAUUCUCAUAUAAAAUUACUCAUUACCUACAUGAUAAGAUGAAUCUCUAUAUUUUUUAGCAUAUAUUCCUGCUGGACAUCUUUCAUAUUUCUAUAAAAAUCACAGUCUGUUCUAUGGCAUAAUACUGCGGAAAUAAUUGCACUGUUUACUAUAUUGAAAAAUCAAGAUAGUGUGGUUCUUUCACUCCAAGGUCACUGAAAUUCAGCAGUUCUUUACAUCUACUUAAUAUGUAUGUGACUCAAAGUUGAUGAUAGGAAGGAACUUCUGGGUUAGACCGCAUCUCUCUCUAAACAUAUUUAAUGUCCUGUUCCUCCUCUGCCUCGUCCUGCUCCAUCUCCAAACCUAAAGCGCUGUGUCGAACCAGCUCCCACCAUCCUCCUUUGUUUUUAAGUCUCAGCUUCAAGGUUCCCUUGAAGUCAGAAUUCUCCUCUGCCUCCGUUUCCUUUUCAUCCUCUUUGGAGAAGACGUUUAUGUAACGCCUCAUCUUUUGCAACAUAGAGUCAUUUCUUUCCUCAACCCUGCAAAGAAGAUGAAUAAAGAAAAUGUCACACAUGUUUCAAAAUUAAUUAUGUUACACUCUUCUUUUUAGUUUCCAGCUUUUUUGGACCCCACCUAAAAAAAAAAUUGCUCACUGACACUAAAUGAAAGCCUUUGAUGGACUUCACGCAUGGGUAAUGCUGUGCCUGCAGUGAGAAGCACCAUUCUCAUUGUAUUACUAAUACUAUAUAUUUUUCCCCCUACUUAUACAUAUAUAACCUACUAUUACACUUAAAAGUGUGUGUUAUGCACAUUUUCCCUGUCUGACUGUUCUACAGUAGCUUUCCAUAGCUCGUAGUUAAAAAUAAUCCUUAUUAGUCUUAUACUGGGGUUUAGAGCAGCUCAUAUUUGUCCAAUUCACUUUAUACUACCUGUCUUCUGAUUGGUUGGCCCUCACAAACAGGAGAUUUGAACUGCAAGUGCUUGCAGUCACAGUUGUAUGUCAAGAGAAGAAAGAACUUAAAAAACUGAAUUACAGCACUUCGAAGUUCAAGCUUUUGGCUUUUGUUUUUCAUAUUUUCUUUCAUAUGAGCAUUCACCAGUUGAGAUAAAAUAAGAAAAAACACAAUCAAAUAAAUAUUUGAUGUUUUGAGAAAUAGACUGAAUUGAUUUGUACUGAAAGGCAGCUUUUGUUAGCCAGGCUGAUUGUUUUUCCACUUUAACCUUGAUGAUACGGACACAAAAA